AUGGAUACAAACACAGUUCCAACACAGAAAGCAGAAAAUUUUGAACUUUUAAACAAAGGUGUUGAGUCAUUUGGUUCAUGGAUUAAUAAUCUUGAAGAACUUAAUAAAUCAUUUAUUAAUGCUAAACCAUUUCCAAAUGUUGAAAUUGAUGGUUUUUUUAAACCAGAAAUAGCGGAAUUACUUUAUAGUGUAUUUCCAAAAGUCACUGAUGAUCAUAAAUGGAUUGUUUAUAAUAAUCCAAUUGAAAAAAAACAUGCUUUAACAGAUUUUUCUUCUUUACCACAAUUUAAAGAUUUAUUUAAUCUAUUACAAACAAAAGAAUUUGUUGAUCUUGUUAAGAAGAUUAGUGGUAUUGAAAAUUUAGAAGCUGAUCCAAAUCUUCAUGGUGCUGGACUUCAUCAACAUAUACCAGGUGGUAAACUUGAUAUGCAUCUUGAUUAUAGUUUACAUCCAGUAACAGGUAAAGAACGUAGAGUUAAUUUAAUUAUUUAUUUUACAAAAGAUUGGCAAAAUGAUUAUGGUGGAGCUAUUGAAUUAUGGAAUGAAGAUUUUAGUAAUUGUGAAAAGAAAUUAAGUCCAUGUUUUAAUAAAGCAAUACUUUUUCGCACUUCGGAUGUUUCUUAUCAUGGUUUACCUUUACCAAUUAAAUGUCCAGAAGGUAAUUCACGUAAAUCAAUUGCUAUUUAUUAUGUAUCUGAUCCUCGACCUGAUCUUGAUAAUAUUCGUUAUAAAGCACAAUUUCGUCCAUUACCUACUCAACCUGUUAAUGAUAAACUUGAACAACUCUAUCGUAUUCGAGAAAAGCGUAUUAUUACAAAAGAUGAUUUACAAACUAUUUAUCCAAAUUGGGAAACAGAUGGUAAUGGAUUUUGGUAG